CUUGGAGCCAACAUGUGCACCUGUGUGCCGACCCCUCUCUUGCCCAUCCAUUUCUUUUUGUGUGCUGUGUGCGUGGACGUAGCUACCUGGGUACUUGCCUUGCCUACCUACACAUUACUGCUCUCGGAUAUGCCCUGCGUGGCAAGGCACCUGGUGAAUCAGGUGUCUCUGUUCGACCGCUUUUUUCCUUUUGUUGUGUCUCUGUAGUCCUGCUAGCUUCGUAAUAGUGGUCACCCAUGAGAUAUGACCUGGCCUCCCGAGCUGCAGUGAGCACUCCCCCUCGAGGCAAGUAAGUGGUGGGGCAUUGCAAGUGAAGCCUUCGACUUGGGGCCCUUCAUAUAUCAGCCUCCCCUCCCCCUCCCUUUGACCAACGUCCUCAACCUUGACCACCUCAGCUCCCUUCCGGUGUCACCAACCUCGGCUUCUUCCUGACAGCUGCUGUUUGUUUUCCUAUCACCCACAGCACUCUGCAGACUCCCUACCAUCGCUUUGUAAUCAACCUGAAUUGGUUAGCACCGCAUCGUUUGGUAGCUACCAGCCACAAAACCAACAACCUUGGGACCCCAUCUGUUGUUGCCGCAGCACCCUCUGACUUCAUCCGCUUCUGUCACACAUCCAACAACCCCUUGAGACUCUUGCACCGUUUUUCGUCCAGCCUCCCUUCUUCCUUCUCUGCUCCUCCACUGCAUCAGCAGCAGCACACCUCUCUCGUCUCCUCGUCUCCUCUUCGCCGCCUUUUCGCCGCGUCACCUUGCCGCCUUUUCGCCUCGUCACCUUGCCUCCUGCCCAUCAAAUCGACGAAAUGGUUUCUAUCCAAGUUUUCGUCCUCACCAUGCUGGCGACCUUGGUCGCCGGCCAGGGUGUGACCUCCGCCAUCGCACCAGAGGCCACUGCUCCUGCUUCUUGUGUUGGUUCCUAUGACGGAACGUUUGAGAUCUCAGUCGCCAAGGUCGAAGGUGUCCAAAAGCGCGACACCAACGCUCUGACUAAGCGCGGCGCGUGUCCCACAGACGGAAUUCUGGUCGUCACUCUCGAGAACGGUGUCCUCAAGGAUGCACAGGAUCGCACUGGCUACAUCGCCGCGAACUUCCAGUUCCAGUUCGACAAGCCUGCCCAGACUGGCGCCCUCUUCACGGCCGGAUUCUCGGCCUGUGGGAACGGCUCACUCGCACUCGGCGGCUCGGCAGUCUUCUAUGAGUGCGCCAGCGGUGAUUUCUUCAACCUCUAUGACCGCUCGUGGGCUGCCCAGUGCUCCCCCGUGGAAAUACUCAUCAUGGAGUGCGGCGGCAACGCUGGCCAAGUUGAUGACGGACAGGUUGUCGGAACCCAGAUUGUCACCACCACAAUCGUCUCAGCCCUCAGCGACGGCCAGCCCCAGGUUAGGACCACGACCACUGGAGUCCCCCUUUGCCAGGUCUCGCAGAUCGCAGACGGCCAAGUCCAGGUCGGCACGACACCGUGUGCUAGCGUCACCACAGCGUCCGCCCCGGUGCCGGUAUCCCAGCAGUCCGACGGUCAAAUCCAGGUUACUCCUCCCGCUUCCGUUCCUACUGUGACGAACGCGCCGCCGCCACCUGAGGUGACCCCUUCUGCUCCUGCUGGCAGUGCCCCCGCCGGAAGUGCCCCCGCCGCAAGCGCCCCCGCCGGAAGCGCCCCCGCCGAGUCUGGCAGCAGUGUGGCUCUGCCGUCUGAGUCGCAGCCCGCAUCGUCCGAGACAACGCUCGCGACCACUUCCACCGCAGGAGGUGCCUCCGGGACCACGGCUGGCGUCACGCCGGGUACGUCUGCACCCGCUACCAGCGGCGGUGCUUACGUGCAAGCCGCGUCCAUGGGUGCACUGUUCAUCGGUGUGAUCGGUGCUGUCGCGUUCCUCUAAACGUCUUGUCUCAUGGUCCAGCUCCCCGGCGCUCGGCCCGAACUUUGAGGCUGCAUUUCGCUUGUGGUCCACGAGAGCACGACCCAGCCACGACCACCUGGUUUCGGUGGCAUGUAAUGAUUUCUUGUCAGGGUCGCACUUCUUUUUCUUGUCUGCAUUUCGACACGCAUGCGGGGUUCAUGGUUUUAAUACCCGUCCACUGUUUCGGACUCUAGUUCCAAGGGUGAGAACGGAAAUGACUGAACGCCAUUGCAUCGCAGGGCAUGUUGGAUCCCCCGUAAUGAAGGGGUUUGGGAAGGCUGGAGGCUGGUUCAGCGACUUUGUCUUCCCAUGGGAUCGUAAUGGGGUCCAUGCCCCUGUACAUAGGCCAGACCGAACAAAGCAAUGAAACGAGUCGAUGAGUCAGCUGCUCUGUCCUUGAUCGUGCAUGAUGACCAGGGUGACAUGUGUGGUGGUGGUUGGAAACAGGUCAAACAGAUGGGGUUGCCUG